AUGGACGGAGAACCGUUCAUAGCAGACGUCAGGGUGAACGGCACAGACUUCGUGCCAUCUCUUGUCGACUAUGGCUGCCUCUGCUACGGCGCGGUUAGCAAGCGCAUUUCACUCUCUCCAGUUGCCACAUAUACGCGUCCAGCCGCGCAUCUUGGAGAAUGCAGCGGAGACGGCAAGGAGGUCAAAAUCGACAAGAUCACGUAUGUGUCGAUCGACCUCGAUGGACAUCAGCAGCAUCGUGUUUUCAUGUACGUCAUCGACGAUCUGAACUGGGAUAUGAUCCUGGGUAAACGAUGGAUGGAAGACCAGGAUGUUCACAUCCAUGCGAAGGAAGGAUAUCUCGAGAUCGGGUCCAAUGGAGUUCAAUACCACAAGUGGUCUCGAGCUUUCUCUCAGCAACUGGCCGACCAGCUGCCCCCUCAUCGGCCAGGUGUGGACCUGAAGAUCGAAGUGCUGAAAGACGAGCAUGGCCGAGAGAAGCCCCUACCCUGGGGACCGCUUUACAGCAUGUCCCGCGAGGAGCUAUUGGUACUACGGAAGACUCUCACAGAACUACUCGACAAGGGAUUUAUUAGAGUCAGCAGCUCGCCAGCCGCGGCACCAGUCCUUAUGAGGGACCGCUAUCCCUUGCCCUUACUGAGCGAGACCUUGCGAACGAUAGCCAAGGCAAGGUGGUUCACCAAGACAACUUUCAGAACGCGCUAUGGAUCCUUCGAAUGGCUGGUAGUUCCAUUCGGCCUGACAGGCGCACCAGCAGCCUUUCAGCGGUACAUUAACAGCGCGCUCCAGGAUUACCUAGACGAUUUUGUGUCAGCAUAUAUCGACGAUGUCCUGAUCUUCUCCUCUGGAAGCCUGCAAGACCACCGCGACAAGGUCGGCAAGGUCCUCCAACGACUGAUGGACGCCGGGCUGCAACUGGAUAUCAACAAGAGUGAAUUCGAAGUCAAGGCUGUGAAAUACCUUGGGUUUAUCAUCGAGGCGGAGUGUGGGAUCCGAGUCGACCCUGAGAAGGUUGAGGCUGUGAAGGAAUGGGCAACCCCGACGAAUGUUAAGUCCGUGAGGAGUUUUAUUGGAUUCGCGAACUUCUACAGGAUGUUUAUGCCAGAGUUCUCGCCUUCGAAGCUCAAGGACUUGUUGAUCACGGCCCCGAUCCUUGCACACUUCCAUCCAGAAAGGGAGACUAUCGUGGAAGACGCUUCAGGAUUCGCGUCGGGAGGCGUGCUCUUGCAGAGAGAUGAUAAGGAUGGACUGGUACGACCUGUCGCAUACUUCUCGAAGAAACAUUCGGCAGCCGAAGCGAACUACGCUAUCCAUGACAAGGAGCUACUCGCCAUUCUCAGAUGUUUGGAGCAGUGGGAACCAGAGCUACGGGCAGUAGAGCACUUCAAGAUCCUAACGGACCACAAGAACCUGAGGUACUUCUACUCGGAAAGGAGGUUGACAGAGAGACAAGUGCGGUGGUCGGAGUUCCUGUCCAGGUUCCAAUUCGAGCUCGAAUGGAGGCCGGGCCGCAAGGGCGGAUUGCCUGACGCACUCUCGACGGGACCAGGAUAUGCCGGCCAACUACUCCGAUGA